AUGAAGAUGUCUAACACUAUAGAACGUCAUACGUUUAAGGUGUUUAAUCAGGACUUUACGGUAGACAAGAGGUUCCAGUUAAUAAAAGAAAUUGGGUAUGGUGCGUAUGGUAUUGUAUGCUCUGCGAGGUUUAUGGAAUCCGUUGAGGAUACGACGGUUGCAAUAAAGAAGGUUACUAAUGUUUUUUCGAAGACGUUGUUAUGCAAGAGGUCAUUGCGGGAGUUGAAGUUGUUAAGACAUUUCCGUGGGCAUAAGAACAUUACAUGCCUGUAUGAUAUGGAUAUUGUUUUGCAAGCAGAUGGGACGUUUAAUGGGUUAUAUCUCUAUGAGGAGCUUAUGGAGUGUGACAUGCAUCAGAUUAUUAAGUCUGGGCAACCGUUGACUGAUGCGCACCAUCAGAGUUUUGUAUAUCAAAUUCUUUGUGGGCUGAAAUAUAUUCAUUCUGCAGAUGUUUUACACAGGGACUUGAAACCUGGGAAUUUGCUUGUGAAUGCAGAUUGUCAGUUGAAGAUUUGCGAUUUUGGUCUGGCGCGAGGUUAUAGUGAGAAUCCUGUAGAGAAUAACCAGUUUUUAACGGAAUAUGUUGCAACAAGAUGGUACCGUGCACCUGAGAUUAUGUUAAGUUAUCAGGGCUAUACAAGAGCUAUAGAUGUUUGGUCAUGUGGAUGUGUCCUAGCAGAACUUUUAGGGGGCAAACCGAUCUUUAAGGGUAAGGACUAUGUAGAUCAACUGAACAGAAUUUUACAAGUUUUAGGCACUCCGCCGGAGGAAACUUUGAAACGAAUUGGUUCUAAGAAUGUGCAAGAUUAUAUUCACCAGUUGGGAUUUAUUCCGAAGGUGCCAUUUCACAAGUUGUACCCUAAUGCUAACCCACAGGCGGCAGAUUUGUUGGAACGUAUGCUCGCUUUUGACCCAAAGACGAGGAUUACCGUCGACGAGGCAUUAGAACACCCCUAUUUGUCUAUCUGGCACGACCCUAGUGAUGAGCCAGUAUGUAACAAAAAGUUUGAUUUCGGCUUUGAAAGUGUAAACGAAAUGGAGCAAUUGAAACAAAUGGUUAUAGAAGAGGUCAACGACUUUAGGAUGUUCGUUAGACAGCCUAUAUUGGAUAGUUCUCCUGCUGAUCAGCAACCAAGCGCUUCUCAACAAGGUAUUCAACAAAUACCGAUGGAAAAUUCAAUUUCCGAUAAUAGUAAAUCGUUUGACGACCAAGAUUUUGCUCAACAGAUGAUUUCUUCACAAUCACCCACAUUAAUUCACGACUCAUUCAUUGGAAUUCAUUCAGAAAACCUGCCCGAGCAUAACACAGACUUCCCACCAAGGCCUCAAGAGAACAUGUUGGCAUCGCCUAUGGGUUUUUCAGGUGGUAAUGGUAAUCAUAGCGGCACUGAAUUCGGCGACUUUUUGGAUCUGGAAAGGGAAUUAGAAUUCGGUUUGGAUAGAAAAAUUUGA